CCAUAUCCAGCGCCUUGAGCUCCUCCUCCCCAUACACGGGAUUGUAUGCCGGUGCAGGCUGCAACAGUGGCCAAGACUGACGAGGACGGUACUCUCGACUCGUCAACCCAGCGCAGCAUGGCUCGCCGGUACGACUCGCGGACAACCAUCUUCUCACCGGAGGGUCGGCUUUACCAGGUGGAGUAUGCCAUGGAGGCCAUCUCCCAGGCCGGUGCGUGCGUGGGCAUCCUCACGUCGGACGGCAUUGUCCUCGCGGCCGAGAAGAAGGUCACCUCGCCGCUCCUUGAGCCGUCGGUCAAUGCGGAGAAGAUGUACCGGAUCGAUGCGCAGACUGCGGUGGCAGUGGCUGGCAUGACGUCGGAUGCCAACAUUCUGGUCAACUACGCGCGGCAGGUCGGCCAGCGGUACCUCUUCUCCUACCGCAAGGACAUUCCGGUGGAACAGCUCGUCCGGCAAGUGUGCGACCUCAAGCAGGGCUACACGCAGUACGGUGGCCUCCGGCCGUUUGGUGUCUCGUUCCUCUACGCUGGUUGGGACCGGCUCCACGGCUACCAGCUGUACAAGUCGGAUCCGUCGGGCAACUUUGGCGGGUGGAAGGCUACGGCCAUCGGGUCCAACUAUCAGAAUGCACGGUCGACACUGAAGCAAAAGUACGAGGAGGAGAUGACGCUCGACGAUGCCAAGACGCUCGCCAUCCGGGUCCUGUCCAAGGCCAUGGACGCGACAACGAUGGAUGCUGAAAAGGUCGAGCUCGCCGUCCUCACCCGCGUCGACGGCGCCGUCACGCUCAAGCACCUCUCGGGCGACGACGUUGCUGCCGCCAUUGCCGCCUUUGAGGUCAUCCGCGAGAAGGAGCAGGCCGAAGGCGAGGGCUCGAGCGCUUCCGGGAGUGGUGGCAACGGCGAGGGGGCUGGCUCUGGUGCCGCCGCUGCCAACGCCGACGAUCCGCCGCCGGAGGAUGAGGACUACGCGUAG